AGGUCGCAGCGAAGGGCACAGAUGGCGGAGAAAUCCAUAAACAUGAGGCCGGAGAAGACAUUGAGAGCUCGUCGCCCGCGGCGUUCGUCACGCUACGGGGAACCACAGAAGAAGAGACUUGUUGGACACGGACGCAGGAGCUGAGACGAGCCUGAGUCCCGUUGCCAUGGAGGUGUCGCUAGCGGCUGAGGCGCUUGGCUGCAGCAGCGCAGCUACGGUUCUGGAGACGCGUCUCCUUGGAGCGGCCGCUUUAUCUUAUCUCUCCAAGGGCCGGUUUCCGUGCUUCCAGUGCCGCACGACGCGACCUCCGCUCCGCAGCCGAGAGGAGGAACUUCUCAGACUGGGCAGACGCUGCGGGUUUAUGCUGUGCAGCAGCUAAACACCUGUUCAUUUCACCAACCUGAAAGCAGCACUGCUGUGUCCUGGAAACUAUAUCCUGAGGGACGUGACCUGCAGGGCUUGACCUUUUUCACACGACUUGGUCUAUUUGACCAAGUAAAUGAUUAAUUAGUACAAUUCUUAAAAUCUUUUAGAUAAUUUUAGAUCCAGAAUGAAGCAAGCUCCCAUCAAAUAUGACUCACUGAACACUAAUAUGUUAUGAUGAGCUCAACACAGAGAUGUGUUAACUGAACUGGUUGCGGGGCCACUUACAUCUUCCAUAAUAACAUUGUCUUUAAUUUAAAUUUUCUUCUAGUCUGUUUUAUUUCUGGGAUUCAGAUUCACUGUGUUCUAAACAAUUAGAGCCUUGUUGCAUGUUCUGUAACGUCUCCAGUGCGUCUGUGGCGCUCGGUACCACUCGCUCCUCAUUGACAGCUGCUUUGUCCAAUCGCUGCCCGGAAUCCACUUGCGGUCCAAUCGCCAGCGGGAUGAGCGCACGCUCUUCGCUGAUUGGCGGAGAAGAGGGUGUCGGUACCUCUCGCGCUGCCUCCUCUGGUACUGGUGCCUUUCCUCCGCUCAAGGUUGCACUUGCGGUGAUCGCAGCAGGACUCGGACGGAUCUCCCUUUACGCACCAACGGAGCCGCAGACCAGUCGCCGAGCCUUCGCCAUGGAUGAAAUGGAAGAGGAGUUAAAAUGCCCGGUGUGCGGCUCCUUUUACCGGGAGCCCAUCAUACUGCCGUGCUCCCACAACAUCUGUCUGGCUUGUGCCCGGAAUAUUCUUGUGCAGACCCCUGACGCCGAGUCUCCGCAGAGCAGCCGCGCGUCUGGAUCCGGCGUCUCCGAUUAUGACUACCUGGAUUUAGAUAAAAUGAGUUUGUACAGCGAGGCGGACAGCGGCUACGGGUCAUACGGGGGCUUCGUGAGCGCCCCGACCACCCCGUGCCAAAAAUCACCUAACGGGGUGCGGGUUUUCCCCCCGACGGUCCCGCAGCCUGCCCCGCAACACCACCUGCUACCGCAGCCCGGCUCCCUGCCGCCGAUCCCCCGCAACUCGUGCAUCACGUGCCCGCAGUGCCACCGCAGCCUCAUCCUGGACGACCGGGGGCUGCGCGGGUUCCCCAAGAACCGCGUGCUGGAGGGGGUCGUGGACCGGUACCAGCAGAGCAAAGCGGCCGCGCUCAAGUGCCAGCUGUGCGAGAAGAGUCCGAAGGAGGCCACGGUGAUGUGCGAGCAGUGCGACGUCUUCUACUGCGACCCGUGCCGCCUCCGGUGCCACCCGCCCCGCGGACCGCUCGCCAAGCAUCGCCUGGUGCCGCCGGCGCAGGGGCGGAUCAGCCGCCGCGCCAGUCCCCGCAAGAUCUCCACCUGCACGGAGCACGAGCUGGAGAACCUGAGCAUGUACUGCGUGCAGUGCAAGACGCCCGUGUGCUACCAGUGUCUGGAGGAGGGCAAGCACGGCACGCACGAGGUCAAGGCUCUGGGCGCGAUGUGGAAGCUGCACAAGGGUCAGCUGUCCCAGGCGCUCAACGGCCUGUCGGACCGAGCCACCGAGGCCAAGGAGUUCCUGGUCCACCUGAGGAACAUGGUGCAGCACAUCCAGGAGAACGGCGUGGAGUUCGAGGCCUGCCUGGUGGCGCAGUGCGACGCGCUCAUCGACGCCCUGAACCGGCGCAAGGCCCAGCUGCUGUCGCGGGUGAACAAGGAGCACGAGCACAAGCUAAAGGUCGUUCGGGACCAGAUCUCCCACUGCACGGUGAAGCUGCGUCAGACCACGGGGCUGAUGGAGUACUGCCUGGAGGUCAUCAAGGAGAACGACCCCAGCGGUUUCCUUCAGAUCUCUGACGCUCUGAUCCGGAGGGUCCACAUGACGGAGGGCCAGUGGGGGAAGGGGACGCUCACCCCGAGGAUGACCAGCGACUUCGACCUCACGCUGGACAGCGGGCCUCUGCUGCAGACCAUCCACCAGCUGGACUUUGUGCAGAUGAAAGUCCCAGCUGCUCCGAUGCUCCAGCUGGAAGAAUGCUGCACUCAGAACAACAGCGCCACGUUGUCCUGGAAGCAGCCGCCGCUCUCCACCAUCACCGUGGACGGGUACAUCCUGGAGCUGGACGAUGGGAACGGCGGCCCCUUCAGGGAGGUGUACGUGGGGACCGAGACCAUCUGCACCGUGGACGGGCUCCACUUCAACAGCACGUACAAGUCCAGAGUGAAGGCCUUCAACGGCAGCGGAGUGGGCCAGUACAGCAAGACGCUGGUCAUGCAGACCUCUGAGACUGGACUCCCUCCAUGUGAUAUUCAGUCUAUAGGCACAGUUGCCUGGUUCACCUUCGACCCGGCCUCCGCUCACCCCGACAUCGUCUUCUCCAACGACAACCUGACGGUGUCGUGCAGCAGCUACGACGACAGGGUGGUCAUGGGCAACUCCGCCUUCUCCCGCGGCGUGCACUACUGGGAGAUGACCGUGGACCGCUACGACAACCACCCGGACCCGGCCUUCGGGGUCGCCCGGGGCGACGUGCUGAAGGACGUGAUGCUGGGGAAGGACGACAAAGCCUGGGCCAUGUACGUGGACAACAACCGCUCCUGGUUCAUGCACAACAACUCGCACACCAACAGGACGGACGGUGGCAUCGCCAAGGGAACCACCAUCGGGGUGCUGCUCGACUUCACGCGCAGGAUCCUCAUCUUCCUCAUCAACGACGAGCAGCAGGGCCCGGUGGCGUUUGAAGGGCUGGAGGGCGUGUACUACCCGGCCAUCAGCCUCAACCGAAACGUCCAGGUCACACUGCACACUGGGCUGCCCAUCCCGGACUUCUACACCCCGGGGGAGGCGGAUCCCACCAGCUCUGUGUGUUGAUACCUCACCCAGGGUUCCUCCUGCCGGUCAAUGACUAAAGUUCCACGCUCGCCCCGGACCCCCUGACCCCUGACCCACAGAUGAGCCAUGCCUUUGUCAAGCUUAAUACUCGGACGCGUGGACAUGUCAAUACAGACGGUGCUUUGGCAUCUGUACCUUACCCUGAAAAAAAGAUGUGAUGUAACGCAGGUCCUUGAAGGAGCAGUUUGACAAUAUAAAUCCACCAAUACAACAAAACCAAAGCUGAAAACAUUUAUGGCUGUGCUUUUAAAGCAGGAAUUCCCAGAUAGAUUUUCCAGGAGACCAGAUUUAGUUACUACUUCCCCUCGUUCCCAGUUCACACAGGUCAAUACUUCCCAGUUGAUGGAACUGUUUCUUUUAAAGAGCAAGGUAGUUUUUUUAAUCCGAUUCAUCAUCUUCUUUCUUUCAAAAGCACAUGAUUUCGCCAGAGGGAGCGCGUGGGCUCAGCUCCCCCGUGCGGACGUCACACUGGUCCCUGGACGAGAGCAAUAGCCCGACUCUCAGACUGUCGCACCCCCGUCCGUGUUAAUGAGAUGCUUUUCUUAGUGGCUUAGCUCGUGUGAAUCGUCUGUCUCGUCCGCAAAUCAAACAAAACUAACGGAGUGGUGGAAACGAGGCGAUUCUGCGUGUGAUGAAGAUUUACUGUACAGGUGACGACUGUGAAGCUGUUUGAAUAAGGUGCUACAGCAGCUUGCUUAGUUCUUUUUUUACUGUAGGUGACUGAAUCCCGGUAGUUUUGUAAUAUUGUUAUUGAGAUGAUCUAUAUAAGACGUGUAUAGCUGAGUAAGUUAUAAAUGUUGAGAGUUUUUUAACGAGGCUUCGUCGUGGUUUCUUGAUGUACAGUAUAGUUAUUACAGAGAGGAAUCAACAGAACCUUUGGUCGUUCAGAGUCUGUCCUCGGGCCGAUGAGGGGGACGUGUGAACCGGUUUAUGUCCUGCAACAGCAACAGAAGGGGCGACGAUGCAAAGGCAGCAGUUUCCUCCAGCACCAAGAGAGGGACCUGUUGCCCAUGACGACGCCUGCGAAGUUGGGCCCUGGCGGCACAUUUCCACUCAGUGAGGUGCUAUCCUCUGAUUCCCAUGGGUGUGCCUUCGCCCCCCCCCCUCUCCAAAACCCAGAGGAUUUACCAGGACUUUGCUACAAACCCGAUUCAUUGCUUCAGCAGAGUCGACUGUAACAUCUGUGAUGCCUGACUUCACCUGCUGCUACGUAUUUUUCUAUUGCAAAAAGGGCAAAACUCCAAUAGAAUUAUGUUUGCUAUGGAUCUAAUAACCACAGUAUUGAAGAGAAUGUCCCAGUCAGGUGUGUUUUCUAACUUUUUAGACCCUGUGUGUUUGUUCGGAACCCUCCCCCGGGGACGUCGGCGCACGUGAACGUGUGUCGGCCUCAGCGUGAAGCCCAAUCCGGACGCCGGAUGAAUCCGAGCGCUGAUUCGGGCUAAAUUCAAUUGGACGAUGUCCAAGGUGAGCCUUUUGUCCGGCGGUGCAGCCAUUAUCGCGGCGUUACGUAAACCUCAGAGCUGGAGACAAACACGCCGGAGUGGCUCUCGCUCGGCCUCACGUCUCACUUUGGUCGUUUUAACAUAUCUCGUCGUUGCUGAUGUCAUGUCAGAUCGUUGUGCUGAGCUGAUGGAGGGUGCUCACAUUUUACAAGGCGCGUGAUUGUAUCAUUUUUUAGCCAAAUGCGUGUUCCUGACAAAUCCAGGGGGUUGUUCCACUGAGUCGUAGAGCCUCGUCAAACUUUUAUGAAUUAUUGAAAGGGUGAACACAGUCGCUGGGCGACAAUGGAUGUUAUUUCUCCAGAUGUACAGUAAAUACACAAAGUGUGCGUGUGUGAGUGUGUGAGCGGCGGUAUGACCUCAUUUUGACUCCAAAGUGAUUGUUGUUGCCUGUUUGAUCGGAGGUGGAAUGUCGUCACUCGAUAUUAUUAUUUCCAGAAAUACUGAUACUGAAGCGUGUCUAUCGAUAUGAAACGAGCAUUGAUUUUAACACAGUGUGGUUGUUACAUUCUAUAUGUAUCAUUUCCAAACUACUGCUUUUAUUAUGAUGAUUUGAAAUGUAAUAACAGCCUCUGUGUUUUCUGUAUGUGAAUAUUCAAUAAAUAUGUGUCAACAAGA